GCAACCAUGUCUUCUCAACUCAUUACUCAGGAAAAACGAGGAAACAGAGGAGCGGAGGCAGCUGAUGCCUGCUGCUGCACCUCAGCUGCUGCUCAACAGCUGCACUGACAAGUCCAACGGUGUGGUGACGUCAUGCAUGGGAGAUAAUCUGGGUGAUUCACCACACUCACAGAAGGCGUGGAUGUCUUCACUCACCACCAAGAGAGACUCAACUUAUUCAUCCAUGUCUGAGCGCAGCGUGUCUCCCAUGCACUCAGCCAGGCCCACCUCCCCCUGCCCCCCCUCCCCCACGCCAGCGGCCAGCUCACCCUCUCCCUCACCCACCACGCGGGGGUGGCGGGGGGAGGCAAGCUCGUCAUCAACAUCAUUGAAGCGCGGGGGUUGACGCACCCCCACCAGUGGGGGGCUGUGAUGGUGUUGCUGUGA